CACUCAUGCCGCUUAUGCCACUCAGAAGUACGGUACAUUGUUUUGUGUUAAACAGUGGGUCUGUUUGCGUUGCGACAAUAUAUAAAUUUAAAAUAAAAAUGGUGCGGUGUAUUGUUAAAAGUUGUAGGAAUAAAACAACGGGGGUUCGUGAGGAAACUGUGAAUUUUUUUCAGCUACCGAAAAAUGAAGUGAUGCGGGAAGGAUGGCUGAAAAAAAUAGGAGGCUAUGUUUUACCACCAAAAGUUGAAUUUGCAAGGAUAUGCUCGGUUCAUUUUAGUCAAGAGUCCUUUCAUCAAGGUCGAGCACGGAAAGACCCUGUUAAGAAACGUUACCUACUACCAUCGGCUGUGCCAACGUUAUCUUUGAAUUGUUCAGAAGCUCCAAAUGUAAACAAGAAUGCGGUGGCUGAGUACAAAGAUUCCUUACCUGAUGAAGUUUUAUUGUGUCUGGUGAGAACACGUACGUACAUACGAAUAAAAGAAAAUGCCAAAAAAAUCGUAUGUAAACAGAGAGAGAAGAAAGAAGGAGAAGAAAAUGAAGAAACUAGUGUC